GAGGGGGCGGAUCAACAGUGAGAAGUCCUGUUUUACAGGAAAUGAAACAGAAAGUACCUCGACAGUACAACAGAGCCUCCGAUUACAACCAGUGAGAGCAACAGACGCUGUUUGUUGUAUUUUAAACAGCAUUCAAAGGGAAUUAACAAGAAACAACAUGGCAACAGCCAGCAAUGUCCUCUCUGAAGAUCAGUUCCUGUGUUCCAUCUGUCUGGAUGUGUUCACUGAUCCCGUCACCAUUCCAUGUGGACACAACUUCUGCAAGAACUGCAUCACACAACACUGGACUGUUAAUGUCCAGAACAAGUGUCCCAUGUGUGCAGAUGUCUUUGUUAGAAGACCUGAAUUGCGGGUCAACACAUUUAUAUCUGAGAUGGCUGCUCAGUUCAGAAGGUCAGCUGUAAAUAAAGUCAGCAGCAGCAGUGUAAUGCAUCAGGGAGACAACGCAGGAGAUGUUCUGUGUGAUGUCUGCAGUGAAACCAGACUGAAGGCUGUGAAGUCCUGCGUGGUAUGUCUGACCUCCUACUGUGAGACUCAUCUGGAGUCUCAUCAUGGAACACCAGGUCUGAAAAGACAUCAGCUGAUGGAUCCAGUGAAGAACCUGGAAGACAGACUGUGUAAGAAGCAUGACAGACCUCUGGAGCUGUUCUGCCAGACUGAUCAGGUGUGUGUUUGUCAGUUCUGCACUGAGUUAAAUCACCAGAGACAUUGUAUUGUUCCUCUGAUUGAAGAAUAUCAGCACAAGAAAACUAAACUGGAGAGGACAGAUGCUGAAAUUCAGGAGAUGAUUGAAGAGAGACAACUGAAGAUGGAGCAGAUCAAAGAGUCGGUGAAGCUCAGUAAAGAAGAUGCAGACAGAGAGACAGCAGCCAGUGUGCAGGUCUUCACUGCUCUGAGCAAGUCUGUAGAGAGAGGUCUGGCUCAGCUCAUCCACACGAUUGAAGAGAAGCAGAAAAGCACCGAGAAACAGGCUGAAGACUCCAUUAAAGAGCUGGAAGAGGAAAUCAGUGAGCUGAUGAAAAGAAGCUCUGAGGUGAAGCAGCUGUCACACACUGAGGACCAGCUCCUCUUCCUCCAAGGCUUCAAAUCUCUGGACCCUCCUCCUCCCACCAAAAACUGGACUGAGGUCAGAGUUCACGCAUCAUAUCAGGGGAUUGUAAGGAGAGCUGUGGUCCAGCUGGAGGAGACACUCAGCGAAGAGGCGAAGAGACUUUGUGCUGAAGUGGAGCUGAAGGGGUUCAGGAAGUUUGCAGUGGAUGUGACUCUGGAUUCUGAAACAGCAAAUCCCUUUCUCAUCCUGUCUGAGGAUGGGAAACAAGUCAGCCAUGGAGACAGACAGAAUGUUCCGGGCAGUCCAGAGAGAUUUUCCUAUAAUUGUGCUCUAGGAACGCAGGGUUUCUCUUCAGGCAGAUUUUACUAUGAGGUUCAGGUUAAAGACAAGACUGGCUGGACUGUAGGAGUAGCCACAGAGUCCAUCCAUAGGAAAGACUCCUCCAGAGUUAUCGGUAAGAAACACCUCUGGGGUAUAUGUUUGACAAAAGGAAAGUGUCAAGUUGCUGCCUCUACAAGUUGUAUCUCACUGAAGUCGAAGCUUGAGAAGUUGGGCGUGUUCGUGGACUAUGAGGAAGGUCUGGCCUCCUUUUAUGACGUAAACACUGCAGCUCUCCUCUACACCUUCACUGGCUGUAACUUUACGGAGAGAAUCUACCCACUUUUCAAUCCUCGCAAUAAUGUUUAUGGUACAAACUCCACCCCGCUGAUCAUCUGUCCUGUCACUACACAGUGAAAACAGGGAAUCUUGGGUACCUCUGAAAAUGCAUCCAAACUAAUUCCACAGCAUUUUUUUUUUUAUUGUGUUUUCUUUAUGCAUUUACAUUUUCUACAAUUUACUAUCCUGCUUUAGGUUGAACUCAAACUGGAUUGAAAAUGAUCUUAGUUUUAUUGUAGAUGGUAAUUGUGUUCAUAGUUUGUAUACAUGGUUUGAUACUAUCAGAUAAAUAUCUCAGAAAGCACUUUGACUCAACAUAUAUUGAUUGAAAUGUGACAUUUAAAUAUUGGUGACUUGACUCAACAUGUUGUUCUUUGGUUAAAAUGUAAUGUAAUGUUGUGCCAAUUAAUCUAUAAACAUACAUGUGGCUGCAGAAAAGAUCAACGAGCAAAAGGACCAGUGUGUGUUUAAAUUCUGCAUCCCAUCGUCAUCAGCAGAGGUACACCAGGAUGUUCUCUUGCUUUUCAUUCAGAGGGAAUAGCUCUUAAAGUCUUUGUGGGAGUCUGUCCAGUUAGCCUCUUUAGUUUCUGUCACUUCAAAAAAUUCUUGCUGUCUGAUGUUACAGAUUCUCGUCUUACAGCUCAUUUCAGGAUAUACCUGAGAGGACAACAACUCAUGUCAUGUGACUCUAUCAAAGAUGCUAAAUUCUUUGUAUCCAAUAUUAUGAAUAGCAUGUAUAUUGAACUAGAAGUUAUGUUGACAUUCUGAGAUUGAAACUGUAUUGUAGUACUCCUUGUCAUUCAAUUUCAGUGACAGACAUAACAUUUGCUCAAGUACAGUACUUAAAUACAGCUUUGAGGUACUUGCACGGCAAUUUUCUUUUUGUGCUACUUUAUACCCACAUUUCACUAAAUUUCAGAGGGAAAUAUUGUACUUUCUACUGCACUGCAUUUAUCUGACAGCUUAAGUUACUUUUAAAAUGAAGAUUUACAGAGUGGAUAAGAUAACAAGCUUUAAAAAACACAAAACAAACUCUACCAAGUAAUGGACAAAAUUCCACAAAUGCACCUUGACAAGGCAUUUCAGGAGACUACCUCAGGAAGCUCAUCCAGAGAAUGCCAAGAGUGUGCAAAGCAGUAAUCAAAGCAAAGGGUGGCUAUUUAGAAGAAUCUAAAAUACAAAACAUGUUUUGACUUAUUUCACACUUUUUUGUUUACUACAUAAUUCCAUAUUUGUUCAUUCAUAGUUCUGAUACCUUCAGUGAGAAUCUACAAUGUAAAUAGUCAUGAUAAUAAAGAAAAAACAUUAAAUGAGAAGGUGUGUCAGAACUUUUGACUGGUAGUGUUGUUAAAGAUUAAACCAGUGGUUUUCAACACAUUUGGCUUCUUCAAAAAAUCAGUGUGACAGUAAAUGUUCCAGUGAUCGAAUAUCUCAUCAAAACUAAAAGAUUAAAGGAAAACUGAAAACAGA